CAGCGUAAGCAACAAGGAGGAGUAACCAACAGAACCAGAACCAGAACAAGUACCACAACCACGUACAUCAUUAACAGCAGUAGCAGAAUGACACAGAUGGAGAAACAGCAGCAACAUACCUGGUUGAGCGUCCUGCUGGUGCUGGCCUGUGCCGGUGCCUGGCUGAGCCUGGUCCAUGCCGAGGACGACGACAGCAUGACGCUGCAGGAGGUAGUCGAGAUGAUUGAGCCCUUUGGUCAGGGCUGCGACCCGAAGCCGGAGCAAAGUCACUUUGAGGAGAUGGUGCUGAACAAGGAGGAUGCAUCGCAUGAGAGCAAAUGCUUGAGACGCUGCCUGCUGAAACAGUUUGAUCUGAUGCCCGAGGGCACAACGCAGUUCAACGAGGCAAAGACCAACGAAAUGAUGAACAUGAUGUUCUCCGAUAAGGAAGACCAAUCCAAGAUAAUUAUGAGCAAAUGCAAUCUGGCGGUCACCGACGUUAGCGAUGAGUGCGAGGUGGCUCAUUUCAUCUCCAUGUGCAUGCUGAAUGAGAUGCGCAACGCCGACUACAAAAUACCCAAUAUAAAGGAGUAGUUGUCAAGCUCCCAGCUCCAGCUCCCAGCUCCCGUGGGAGAACCCAGCUUCAAUCACAUUUUUGUUGUUUUUUUUUUCUUAGUGUAUUUGUAUUUGUAUUAGAUAUUUAAAUUGGUUGAAAAAUUCUUGAUUCCUGAUUCGAGGACAUGCACAGCACAAUAAACAAGUAGAACUCAA